AUGAGCUUGGUUUGCGAUAAGCAGGAGACAAUCUUCGUUCGGAGAUUCAAGGUGCGAGUCAAACCGGCGCUCGAAGAACAGCCCCCCCUCAACUUGGACAAAUUUGGCGACGAAUUCUGCCUUCACCGAGAAAAACCUGUUCGUGAUGGUAGUUCCAAAACCCCUCAAGGCACGCUGGCUGUGACCCUCGAGCAACCCAAACCUUUUUGGCUCCCACUCCGGGACCCUUAUAGUACUGUCAGUCGGGCAAUCCGGUUGUUUCUCCGAUACACACCGACGGACAGUAACGAUACGACGCUUCCCAAGCUCAAGUCCUUGCGUGGGCAGCUUACUGGCACGACUCUCUUUACAACUAGCUUUCACGACGACAUACCCACCAAAAGGAAAGACCUUCUCGGACGGCCGCUGAACUUUGAAGACACCGUAUUCCCAUCGUUCACGCUUAAUAUUCCCACACCGCAAUGGUCACAAGAUGAAACGGGCUGCUACACCACGACGCUGCUUGUCCCUCUCUGGCUGCCCCCGGAGAACUUCAUCAUCACCUUCCACUCAUGCUUGAUGUCUCGCAUGUACACAAUCCACUUCCGUCUUGCAGUCAGCAAUACUGCGACAUUCUCUUUAAAAGCUCCAGUGGAUAUCAUCGCUCAGCGUGACUCGUCUGUACUGCCAUCAUACAACGCAUCUGUUGGGCUUGUUGACGAUAUCUGA